GCAAAAAAAUCAAGGGAUGAUUCGGUUUUUCGUCAGUGGUGAAGCUCACUGGUCCAAAGAUGUUACAAAGUUCGUGGUUGGGUUGUAAAAUCAUCGAAAACAAACUCUUUCAUAAGAAACCUAAAGACCUCACAGCCGUCAGAAAAGCCCAGGGGUCCAAGCAGAGCAGCAUGGCUUCACCUGCAGGCCUGAGCUGUCCCACUGUCCCACUGAGAAACGGUCUACACAUCCCUAUCCUGGGACUGGGCACAUCACAUGAUGGUGGAUACUCCCAUGAGGCCAUUGUGUAUGCUCUCACUGAGUGUGGGAUGCGCCAUAUUGACACAGCACAGCGCUAUGGAUGUGAGGAGAAACUAGGCAAAGCGAUUAAAGAAAGUGGGAUCACACGAAGUGAUUUGUGGCUGACCAAUAAACUGUGGCCAGGAGACUACGGAUACAACGCUGCCAAAAAAGCCUGCCUUGAUUCCUGCUCAAAGAUGAGGACUGAAUAUUUUGAUUUGUACCUGAUGCACUGGCCAGCAUCAUUUAGAUCAGGUUGUUCCAACAGAGAGAUGAGAGCAGAAACCUGGAGAGCUUUGGAGGAACUUUAUGAGACAGGGAGAUGCCGUGCUAUCGGGGUGAGCAACUUUCUGAUCCACCACCUGGAGGAGUUGAAGGAAGACUGUAGUAUGAUGCCACACGUGAACCAGGUGGAGUAUCAUCCUUACCAGCAGCCCCACUGCCUCAUUGAGUACUGUCACAAGGAGGGGAUUGUGUUUGAAGGGUACAGUCCUUUGGCCAAGGGUCAAGUUCUCAGCGAUCCCACCAUUCGUCAGAUUGCAGAAAAGCAUGGACGGACACCGGCUCAGAUCUGCAUCCGCUGGAGCGUCCAGAAUGGAGUCGUCACAAUACCCAAGUCAGUCAAAAAGAACAGGAUACAAGAAAACUGUCAAGUGUUUGGGUUCCAGCUCGAGGAGGCAGACAUGGUCGCUCUAGGAAACUUACAUGAUGGAAGACAUGUUACGUGGGAUCCAACAAAUGUGGAGUAAAAAAACAAUUUGUCUGUGAUUUGUGCAUUUCAUCAUUCAACAAUGUGAUUUUUAUUUUUUAUUUUUCUAUAUAGCCUGUAAAUCUGUGAAAAGAGCUAUGCAAAUAAUACAGUUUACUUAAUAAGUGAUAGUACAAGCUUUGUCAGCAAUGCUUCAAUGAAAAAUAAAUAUUUAAUUAGAUAUAUACACAAGGUUGUUUUUUUUUUAGUUAUAUUUGUGAAACUUUUCCAUGAGACACUAAUGUGUAGUUCUUUUUUUUCCUAAAC